UUACCACAGGGAAGCAACAAAGUAAACACGAAACAUGUCCUUGUUAUCGUCUUGGAAUAACUUUGCAGCAGGGCGAAGGAUGCCUAUGAGAUGAUACACCUUCACAUCAUAUGUUCUGCCCUGGUCUGCAUCACAUCCUGCUAGCUUCUCAGUGUCCCUUUCAUACAAAUGGAAAAAGUAUCAGUCGAGUUCUGCAUAAUCUCCGCACGCGGUCUAGGCCGCAAAACAUCGCUCCUGAAGCCACAGUGGUUCUCAGUCGGAUGGGUUGAUCCCAGCAGCAAGUACUGCACCAAGAUUGAUGCGUCUGGAAACUCAAAUGCAUGUUGGGGCACCAAGUUCUCGGUGUCCGUCGAUGAACAUGAUCUGGCCACGAAGCGGAUGGAGCUGACAGUUGAAGUAUACAGAAGAGACCCCAUCUUCCUGAGGGAGCAUCUCCAUGGAGCUGCAGUUCUCCAGAUGAAAGAGUACCUUGACAAAUUUGCACACAGUGAGGAGCAUUCUGGGGCCAUCGAGGAGACUGGGAGUUUUCAGCUUAGGAGGAAGAAGUCAGACAAAUCUCACGGCUUUGUGGAUAUAUCCAUCCGGAUAUGCAAGGAAGAAGAUCAUCAUGGUCAAGUUUCAGGAUCACCUGACGGAUUGAAGCACCCAGGUCAGGUCGGCAUCACAUUAGCUAUAGAAGAUGGCCCAGUCUAUAAUUAUCCACCACCGCCUUACAACCAUUAUAGGGGCUACAGCGAAGAUACUGAUCACUACGGUCAUUCCAUGCCGCCAGUCCCUGGAACUCGUCCAUAUCCACCACCAACAGGAAGUAGCUACAGCUACCAUCCCCCAAUGGUUCCAUCAACUCUGCCACCACCAGCAACUUCAAACCCCAGCUUCUUUCCACCACAGUAUCCCGGUAGAGGGCAAGUGCCACAGAGCUACAUAAAUCUGCCACCAAGAAAACCUGCAGGCCAGAACAGCGCACCAAACUUUGGAAUGGGACUUGGAGCUGGAGCACUGGCUGCUGGAACUGUGAUAUUUGGUGAAACCCUCUUGCCAGGUCCAAGUUUCAGUGCUGGUCUUAGUGGUGCAAGCCUAUCUGUAUCCAGUAAUGCACCAUUUUAAUAUCUGAGCAAUAGUCUGUUGAUGAAACUCAAUAGCAUGUCAAUGCUAACUUGUAACAACAUAUGAAAGUUAC